AAACAAGAUACAGGCAUAAGUUUUAUAAGUGCAAGGAAAGAGGUUGUUGAAAGCUGAGCUGGUUUACCUCAGGGCGAUCUGGAGUUCCAUUCCGUGUUCUGCUAUUAAGCAACAAGAACAUCCGCUAGAAGUCAAUGGCGAUUCCUGGAGUCCUCCUCCCCUUCACCGUCACUUUCUGUUUUCUUGUGCUAAUUGACAUCCUUGGUAACAUAUUGGUCUGCAUCGUGAUACUGACCAAUCACGCGUUCCGUACACCCAUGUACUACCUACUUGUCAACCUCGCGGUGGCAGACAUCGUGGUGGCGAUCUUCCAGGCCUGGCGGUACAUUCUGGUCUACACCUUCGAGCACCCUACCGGCCAGGACGGCAAAAUCAUGUGCACUUUUUUGACGGGAGGAACCUUGACCUGGGUGGGUGGGCUCACUUCCGCUUACACCCUGGUAGGUAGACAUGUACGUCACUUGCGCUUACACCCUGGUAGACCUGGCUCUCUCCCUCUUCAGGUGGUAAUAGCUGUAGAAAGGUACACAUCAGUGACCCGCCCCAGCUCGUGUCUGCGGCUCAACAUGCGUAAACUCAAGUUCAUUGUCGCCUCCUUGUGGGUAUUUGCCGCACUGUUUUCCCUUCCUCUGUUGCUAACGCGCCUCUACAGUUCCACUCGUAACUUCUGUAUAGAGUCCUGGCCAGACACCACUAUCCCAAAAGUCUACGCUUUUUGUUGGCUCUUCAUGGCCGGCCUCAUCCCGGUGGGGGUCAUGGGAGGGCUGUACUUUCGCAUCGUUGUCAAAGUCUGGUUUACGAAGUCUGAAGAGGUGGAAUCAGCGCAAAAUGCACGGGUGCUAUCCCGCAAGCGUUUUACUAAAAUUCUUAUACUGGUGACAGCGAUUUAUGCGGUGUGUUGGUUGCCGGUCUUGAUUGUGUACACUGUAGCGCAGUAUGGCCCGACAUAUAUAGGCUCUACCAUACACAAUGCUGGCAUUAUUCUCUUGACUCUGAACUCAACUGUUAACCCAUUGCUGUAUACGUUUAACAGCAAGAAAUUCCGGAUGCACUUGAAAAAGGCCUUGCUUUGCGACGCGCCGCUAUGUCUGCGGCUUAGAGAGUCGCGCGUAACGCCAGACACACCCAAUACGCAGCCUCAGAUUCUGUUUCGAGGGAAAUACUAUGCGUAUGACAGAAGGCUGAUCAAUAAUUUCGUUAUUAAUAAUCGGAUUAAGGACAUUAUAGCAUCUAGUGUUGCUGAAGACAAAAAUGACUUCAAGGUCAUCCCUGAGUUUUUAUCAGUUGCAAAAUAAUGGAGAUCUUACUAUACUUGAAAAAUCCCGAUAAUAACGGCUGAUUUAUUUUUUGGGCAAACUGUGUGUUACUUCAAGCACGCUGAUAUGCUGUGCAUGUUAUGUAAUAGUUCGCAAAGUAUUUCAGGCUAGAUCAUGACGUACAUUUUCCGCGUUCCUACUCACAGACCAUUGUACUCACACGAUAGCUUUGCUUUUUUGAUUGAUAUUCAAUAAAUUCAAUUAACCUUAUUUUUUGUGCUCUUUUGAAUAAAAGUUCAAUCAUCGA